AUGGCUGAACGUCGAUCGGGCGGCUCCUCGAGCCGCAACAAUUUCAACGAUGAAAAAAGCCCGGCCGACAUUCCGCCGAUGUCGCGAUUGUUUAUCAUUUGCAGUAAGAGCGUGACGGAGGAGAAUCUGCGCGAACACUUUGAAAAGUUUGGCGACAUCGAGGAAAUAUGGAUCGUUAAGGAUCGCACGACGGGCGAAGGGAAAGGUGUUGCAUAUAUCAAGUAUGCGAAAACGUCCGAUGCUGCGCGGGCUCUCGAGGAAAUGAAUGGGAAGUGUGUGGGCGACAACAAUACGCGCCCGAUCAAGGUGCUGGUCGCGGCCAACCGGCAGCAAGGGUCGCGGAAGCAGACGGAAAACGAGGAAGAAAAGUAUCUGCGGCUGUUCGUGAUCAUUCCAAAGGAUAUGACGGAGGAGGCACUCCGGGAGGAGUUUGGCAAGUACGGCACGGUCGACUUGGUCACCAUAAUCCGCGACAAGGUGACCAAGGAGGGUAAAGGGUUUGCGUACGUCAAGUUUGGCCGAUUCUUGCACGCCGCCCAAGCGUUCGAGGGCUGCGACGCCAAGUAUAAGGCCGUCUUUGCGGAACCUAAACCCCCGCGCAAUGCAUCGGUUUCGUCGAACGAAAACUUUGGCGGUGGCGGCGGUGGUGGUACCGGUGGUGGCGGUGGUGGUGGUGGUGGCGGCGGAGGUGUUGGAGGUUUCGUCGGUGGAGGUGGAAACUUCGGAAGCGGAGGAACCAACAAUACCGGCAACGGGUUCGUCGACGAUCGCCGAUCAGUGGUCGCUGCCGGAACGGGUGCGAUGCUGGGCUUUGCGGCGAUGGGUAACGCCGGUAACGAUGGACGCCGCGCUCUGUCCAGUGUGGGCGGUGAUCGGCGAGGCGGAACGACGGAAUUCGGUGCCUUCAGUGGGUACAGCGGAUCGAACAGUGGAAUGGUGGCCAAUGCGAACGAAACGACCCUCACAGUCCUGUGCAGCCCGGUGCUGAAUCAGGAUCAACUAUGGCGUCUUUUCGACAUCAUUCCCGGACUGGACUAUUGUCAGAUUAACAAUGAUUUCAAUAAUCGGAACGUAACGGCAACGGUUGUGUACAAUAAUGGCCAAUCGGCAAUGUAUGCUCGCGAUAAGAUCCACGGACUCGAGUACCCGCCCGGCGAAAGGUUGAUCAUCCGGCUUGGGCAUGAAACCGUCAGCAGUAUGGGCGGUAGUGGCGGUGUUGGCGUUGUUGGUGGAGGUGCUGGCGCUAACAACAGCAACCCAAUCGAUCCGUUCAACGGUGCAGCGAACGAUCGUGAUGCCGCGUUCUGCAGUGUUCCACUGCCACCACCACUGCCGAUGGCCAAUGCGAAUGCCGAGGUCGCUCAACGCUGUUUCAUCGUGUGCAUUCCGAAGGCACUUCCAACGAGCGUUCUGAAGCAAACGUUCUGUCGGUUCGGGGACCUGAUCGAUGUGUAUCUGCUGCCGAACAAGAACUGCGGCUACGCCAAGUACGCGUCGGAAGAAUCGGCCAAGAAAGCGAUCAAGCAGCUACACGGUGCCGAAAUACUGAACGUUCGCUUGAAGGUCCUUGAAGCGGAAGAACCAAGCAAUGAUCGACGGAAACGUAUGCGCCAUGAUGAGCGGCUAGAGAACGAGUAAUGGGGCCGGUCCUCCGAUUGUGCCUCUCUCGGUCCCCCCUUUUCUGCUUCCGGUGAAUUCAUAAACUACUUUAUAA